CUCACGUCAAUCACGCCUGCACACGCCCUUUCAUAAUGCAGCAUGGGGGAGAGAACCUAACAAAAUGAAGGCUUCGUAGCGGAAUACAGUCUAAACAUCAAAACAGAUCAGACGAUUCGCGAUCGUUCACGGAUGGUGACGCACAAUGCCGAUAGUGGACAAGCUCAAAGAGGCCCUGAAGCCGGGCCGCAAGGACUCCAGCGAUGAAGGCGACCUCAACAAGUUGCUGGCUUCAUCCGCCAAGAAAGUGCUGCUGCAGAAGAUCGAGUUUGAGCCGGCCAGCAAAGGCUUCAGCUACCAGCUGGAGAACCUCAAAACUAAAUAUGUGAUCCUGAACCCCAAGAAUGAUGGGGCAGCGGCACAGAGACCGUCUGAACCUGCUCAGAUUAAGAGGCAAAUAUCCGAGAGCCUGGGCGUUGGCCAGAGCGACGGCAUCCCUGCUCCUCAGAAGAUGCUCUUCCUGGGGAACAAGCUGUCCAUGAAGUGGGAGCGAGUGUAUCGGGUUGGAGCCGGACUCCACAACCUGGGCAACACCUGCUUCCUCAACUCCACCGUGCAGUGUCUCACCUACACCCCCCCGCUGGCCAACUACCUCCUCUCGAAGGAGCACAGCCGAUCCUGUCACCAAUCUGGAUUUUGCAUGAUUUGCGUAAUGCAGAACCACAUCAUCCAAGCCUUUGCCAACACGGGCAAUGCCAUCAAACCUGUAUCGUUCAUCCGAGAUCUGAAAAAAAUUGCUCGUCAUUUUCGAUUUGGGAGCCAAGAGGAUGCUCACGAGUUCCUGCGUUACACCAUUGAUGCCAUGCAGAAAGCUUGUUUGAACGGAUAUCCCAAGCUGGACAGACAGACACAGGCCACCACGCUGGUCCACCAGAUUUUUGGGGGUUAUUUGAGGUCAAGAGUGAAGUGCUCCGUUUGUAAAAGCGUGUCAGACACGUAUGACCCGUACCUGGACAUCGCUCUGGAGAUUCGGCAAGCGGCCAACAUCGUUCGCGCUCUGGAACUAUUUGUCAAGCCUGAUGUUUUGAGUGGCGAGAAUGCCUACAUGUGUGCCAAAUGUAAGAAGAAAGUUCCAGCGUCUAAGCGGUUCACAGUUCACAGAACAUCAAAUGUGCUGACGCUGUCACUUAAACGGUUCGCCAACUUCAGUGGGGGGAAAAUUACCAAGGAUGUCGGCUACCCAGAGUUCCUGAACAUUCGUCCGUACAUGUCCCAGAGCACUGGAGAUCCUGUGAUGUAUGGCCUCUAUGCUGUGCUUGUGCACUCGGGCUACAGCUGCCAUGCUGGACACUACUACUGCUACGUCAAGGCCAGUAAUGGGCAGUGGUACCAGAUGAAUGACUCAAUGGUGCAUUCCAGUAACAUCAAGGUUGUCCUUAAUCAGCAGGCCUAUGUCCUCUUUUACCUGAGGAUCCCUGAAAAGAAAAAUACAGAGGCUUCAAAUGCAAAGCAAAACAUGGUGCACUCUGGGAGAACUAACAUGACAUCGGAUCAGCCGAAGAAGAGCACAUUCAAUGGACCUUUGUCUUCACCACAGGUUGCAAAGAAGCUUGAUCCCGCUCAGCUGAGAAAAAUCCAGUCUGUGGAUGGAGGUCUUGGUAUUCCAGUAGCCAGGAACUGUUCAGGGAUCCAAUCGCCGAAGAUGUCUAAUGGUACAGGCACGUCUCACGCCCUGCCCAAGCUGUCCAGUGGACCCACACUGAUCGAGGACUCCUUUAAGAAAGUGAAGAAGCCCGUACCUCAGCCUCAGUCCCGCAGCAGCACCCCUGCUCCAUCCAACGGCCUCCCCAGACCCAACAGCGAGGGCCGAGGCCUGCCAUCAUCUACCUCACUCAAAUCCCUGUCUGACAGCUCCUCGGCAGACACAUCAGAGUCGAAAGAGUCUAUUGGCACGAGGAGCGCGCCUGUUGGCGGCUCGUCUGGUGUGAACGCCCCGUCGUCUCCAGCUAAGAGCACAGAGCGUGUGAACUCAGAGGAGCAGAAGCUGCUGAAGCUCAAACCCCAGGCUCUGACCAAUGUCGCCUCAGAGGCCGUCAGCACCAUGUCCCCCCCGCCCGCCAAACGACUCGCCCUGUCCGCCAAGAAGGCCAGUCCCCGGCAGAGCCCGAGCAGCAGCACUGAGGCUCCGCCCCCUUCAUCUCUUCAUCUGUCCAGUGACCUCCUUAGCCAGGCCUCAACUCACCCGCACCACAGAUUUUCAACUCAUUCGCUCAACCUGCAGUCUCCACCUUCAACUCGCCUCCCUAAAGAUUCAAGUCCCCUUAAACAGCCCCCCUCCACUCUGAAGCCGCCCACUCAUGCUCUCUACACACAGACCAAUGGCAUUCAGCCCCAGCCGCCCCGUACACACAAACCAAUCCAGAGCCAGAAGAUCCUGUCUGCCUCCUCUACUACAGGACUCCCCCAGGAGCUCGCCAGUCCCACGCUAAAAAAGAAGAAAAAGAAACUAAAACGACGACAUUCGGAAGUAGAGCAGGACGCCCCUAAAGCCUCACCCCCAGAAGAACCAAAGCCAAGUACUGAACACAGGCAGAAGAAGAGGAAGAAGAAGAAGAGGAAACGGGAGCUGGAGGAAAAUGGCCUUGAGGUCCAGAGGGAGUGUGUGCCGUCUCAUCUCGAGACCCAUCAAGAUGAGGACUGGUGUCUUGGAGAAACUUGGAGCAUCACCUCAGAAGCCAAGGGAAAUCAGUUAAAGUCGUCUAAAGCUUCGGAGAAAUGUCAGACGGAACCUCAGUCAGUGCCUCCGGGUGACCCCGCCCCGAAGAAGAAGAAGAAGAAGCACAAACUCCCGGAGCAGCUGGAAGAGCUCAGGAAUGGAGGAGCCACAGUCUCAAAGUGUGCUGUUGUAAAAGAGGUUGGUGGUACAAACUCAAAGACAAAGGACCUAGAAGAGACCAGGAAGAAGAAGAAAAAGAGGAAACAAAAAGACUUCAGAGAAGAGGAGGAAAAGCCGAGAAACGAAGAGGAACUUCAAGAGACCAAUGGAGACGAGUCUCCUAGUCAGAUUGGAAAUACGGAUACGCAGAAACCUAGUAAACCGAAUACAGCUGCAGUGUUCGUUUGGGACAGCCAGGUUCAGGACGGCUACAAGCGCCAGCAGAGCCUUCAGGAAGCCGAGGGCGUGUCGAGGAAAGGCUCAUGCUCCGCUCCUAUUGGCUGGGACGGCAAGAAAAGCUGUGAUGUUGUCGAGGAGCUCCUCAAGAACUCCUCAGAUAAAGCCUAUGGAACUGAGGUUCUCAGUUGGGAUGGAGAUCCGUCAGCCAUCAGCAGAGAUGCCAGAGAAGAUGUACGCGAUGCCAAAAAUGAUACUGUCCUUGACGAGUGGGACAGGGAGUUUGACAGUGGAAAAGUGAAGAAAAUGAAAAAAUACAAAAAGGAGAAGAGGAGAAAUGGAAAUGUCUUCCAGAAGAUCCAAGAGCGUCGUAACAUGUGGUCGGUCACGCCGGGAGGCAGGCGGAGCAGUCUGGGCUGUCGCCACUGAAAGUUUUGAAAUGCGGAUCCCAUGUGUUUCCCCUGACCAGACCAGUUGCCUUAUUGGAUCAGAAGCAGUCGGAUCUGUCUCAGAUUCCUCUGAAGUUCACCCAGAAUGCAGCAGUACUGUGAAAUAAAGCGAUGAGGCUGAGGCUUUAGUCACCGUCUGAAAUCCAAAAUAUACGCCAUUAUGAUCUUUGAAUCAUAGCAAAUGUGGCACACUGAAGAGUCGGCACCCUGUUAACCUCUGAUGGUCUCAAUUAUUCUUAUUGUAAUAAGAAAUAUUCACCAGGGCCAGUUUUAUCCAGGCAAGACUUGGCGAGCAUUCGGGCUGUAAUGGCCAAUGAUGCGUGAUCUGAGGGCUUCUGUUGAGAGGAGAAACAGGAAAAUUAAGCCUCUCCCUCCAAUGUUCUUAAGCAUCAUUAGUCUUGACUCAACAAAUAACAUCAUUGUUCCCAUUAGGGAACUUUUGCUCACUUGAUUAUUUUGCUUUUUCAUAUUUGAGCCGGUUACUAUUAGGCAGUUAUUUGCCUGUGUUGCCUUUUUAGUUCGCCACAGGCACACGGCCCUGGUGUCUUACAUUGCAAUACAUUUAUUGCUUGAGAUUGUAUAUUUUCAUGUCUUGCCUGCUUGAAUACUAGCCCAUCCUUCCCAA